AUGGAGAAAGUAGCCUCGGCCGACUCCUUUCUCCCCAUGCCUCGUGUGCCACAGAGGGCCGAGCCCCAGACCCUCCACCCUGGUACAGAAGACGACCAACCCUCCUCCAGCCCCAGACCCACCUCGUCCUCCCCAUACCCCCUCAGCCAGCUCCUGCUCCAGCAGCAACCCGGGCCCCCGGGAUCAGCCGUGUCACCCGUGAAAUCCAAGGUCAAGGCCCUGUCUGAGCGCAACAAGACAGCCUUCAAGGCUGACAUGGAUAAGAAGGCCUCCCCUGUGCCCUCCUCCCUAUUCAGUCCCUCGCUUGUGAGUUGGGGCUCCAGCAGUAGCGAUGACGAUGCAGAGUCCCAGGGUUACACGUUCUCACCAGUUGUGCCUGACAGCCUGAUAGAGGGGGCAGGGAUGGCUGGGUUGGACUUCAGCCUGCUAGCACUCCCACGCGGCCUGGGCGAGGGCUCCAGCCGAGAGAACCUCUCUGUCGUUAGCGCCAACGCUAGUCCCCUGGAGGAUAACGUUAGUGCCGCUAACGUGGCUAAACCCUGGGGCCAGCAGAGGAAGGCCAAGGGGCACAGCAGGGUGGGCAGGGAGCUGCUACGCAGGGACAGCCUGGAGGGUCUGAGGCGGUGUAUGGGCGAGCUGGGGUCCCAGGGGGAAACGUUUGGCCUGUGGAGGGCCAACAGCCUGGAUAGUGUGUGCAGCAACCGGAUCUCCAUAUCUCUGGCAGAGAGGGUGGAGAUGAACCGGGGCCUCCUCAAGCAGAUGCUGAAUAAGAGCCAGGGACCGGAGCCAGGGUCCAAAGAAAACCUGGAGAGAGAGCAGAAGGCAGAGGUGACCCCAUGCAAUGGAAGAGAUUUCAUUACCCUGCAUGACAAUGACUGGGACUUAGGCAUCUCCCUACAAGACAGCGAGCACAGCCGAAGGGCCUUUGUGUCCAGCGAGGACCUGCCGCUGAGUCAGCGCCAUGAGCAGGCCAAGCGGCUCCUGGAGAGAGCCCGCAUGAAGACCCGGUCCUGCCCACUCAAGGCCGACCACACUAUCCUACCCAUACAGAGGGACAACCCGGAGCAGCUGUCCAAUGCUGGAGCUCCCGUUCACCGGGCUCCUCUGGUGGGGAAGGGAGGUGUGUCAUCGGCGAUAGUUGCCGCCGUUACCUCAUUGUCAGGAAAUCUCAGUGACUCCUCCAGUGGCGACUCGGGCUGCGGCCCCCGCCAACGCCCCAGCCAAUCGCCGACACGGGUCCGCUUCGAGGACGAAUCAGAGAACGAUGCGGAGGUGCGCUACUUGGUGAGGCUCCGUCAGUGGAGGAGGGCCCAGGGUCUGCUCAUAUCCAAGCCCAACCUCUCUUCCUAUGUCAACGGGCGGAUGGACACUGAUCCAGGAACUGGAAUAGUGAUCGAGCGAGGACGCUGCCUCGAGGGCAGCUUCUUAUGGCACAAGAAGGCUCGCAGGACACAGGAGGGCUACGUAAACAGGGGCAGCAGGGGCCAUUUUAAAGCUGCGGUAGCACAGGAGGAGCUCAACAGGCAGUGCAACUCGUGCAGGACGUUUCUGGAAGUCGGGGUCCCGAAUCUGAACCUCCAUCUGAACCCAUCACCCCCGAAAGGGCAGAACGGCCCAGUGAACGGAGAGGGGAAGGGGAAGGUGCUCAUGUCUUGCUGGGUGGCUCCCAGUGAGCCCAGCCAGGCAAUUCUUACCGAGGUGAUCAAGGAGACGUACAUUGGGAAGGUAACCCUCCGCGAUGUGGCGGAUAGCACCGGGACAGGGCGUGGCUGGGCGGGAGAGACGGACAGCAGCAGUGGGAGUGUUCGGGUGUCGACGGUGAAAAGGAGGAGUAGGAGAGGGGAGAUUCUGGGCACCAAUGGGCAUGGAGCACCCAUCACACCAAGGUCCAAUCACAGUUUGGCACCAGUGAGCUCAACUAAUGGUAUUAUGGUGGUGCAGCCCAAUCCUUACACCAUUGAGAAACCCGUGUCAAUGGUGGUGGGUUUGCACACUCACUCUCCCGCUCCCCCAGAAGAACCCACAAACUGUCCCCCGUGCCUCAAGAGCAACCCCUCACCUUCCUCAGUGCCCAUCAAAUCAGCUCUGAAAACAGUACCUAAGACUCGGCCCAAUGGCCAGCUAUCAGUCAAACUCAUGCCUUCACCACAGUACCGCCUUUUCCCCCGGGACUCCCUGGAAGACCAGGGGAGAGGGGCUGCACCCAACCCCCAGAACGAGCACUCGGUUGGGGGGAACUUCAAGGAGGUUGGUCUGUCUUUGGGGCUGACUUCCAGCACUAGCACGAUAAUGCCCUGUAUCAGGCCUGCCUUCCUGCUGAAGACCUCCCCAUCACCAGCGAAGACAGCAGAAGAGAAGUUGGUGCACCCUACGCCACAGGCACCAGAAGUGGAGCUGCAACAUCCAUGGAUGGGAGAGCUCUCUCUGGGAGGAGCCAACAUCCUACCCCCUCCCCCAUACCAUUCUGGGUGUGAUGGACUGGUCAUGGGGCCAAUGAGAGCUGAGCAUCAGAGGGAGGAAAGCACUAGUCCAGCUCAGAUGGUAGGGACAGAGACAGAGCAGCAGGAGGCCAGGUCCAAGCUUUCUCUGCGCCGUUUAUUCUCCGCCAUCGGCCUGAAUGGAGUGGGGAAGCUGGGUAAAGGGCGCUCCAGUAGCAUGGAGCAGCUUAGCUUCCAUCCCCGGGGUGUCCCCCCGGCCUUUCCUGGCCCCAGCUCCAGCUCUAACCCCAGUCCUGCACGCCCAGAACCCAGCCAACUGAGAAAAGCCCCGUCGCUCCAGUCCCUACGCAUGGGGUCACCCUUUAAGCAGCUGAGGAAAUCGUCAUCAGUCCAGAAUGUACAGUCCUCCAAGAAGAAGGGAGAUGGCUCCAGUGCAUACACACCUGGAGAUCAGCCCAGCAGCCCUGCUCUCAGUAAGGGCCUCCAGAUGGUUCUGAGUGUGGAGGAUGUGGGCAGCCCCAGUGGGGUGCGCUCGGUAGGCAGGGUGGCCCAGGCCUUCCCUGACGGUACCCCCCUGCUGGAGCUCAACAGACCUCCCAAAGGACCCUUCGGCUUCCUCAUCUCCCGGGGCAAAGGACGACCCGACUCAGGUGUGUAUGUUGAAGAGAUGGGCGACAGCAGCACAGUGAAGAUGUACGGGGGGCUGCUGGGGGUGGUAGACGAGCUGCUGGAGGUGAACGGCGAGAAGGUGGCCGGCCUCAGUCUGGACCUGGUGACACGCCUCAUGACCAAGGAGAACAUAGCCUCUGUCCGCGUGCUCCGACACAGGAGGCUCCCCCCUCCUCGCUACACAACCUGAGGAUCGCCGGUCACCAUGCAAUGCCAUGGAAACCCGCAAUGUAAUGGCAACCAGACACCACAGCAACCACAAACACAAUGGAAACCUGGGGUGUUUGGGGUAUGACAGAGGGACAGUGAGUGAGACCGGCUCAAUGACUGUGAAUAUGUCUAUGGCCGCUUGCUUUGACCGUAGUGUCUUCUCUCAGAAAUGUUGCGUUAUUCUUCGGAAGACACGUCAAGAUGUUUGACACGAUUCGGUCAUUUUUCUCGAUGGUUCAGAUGGAGUUGCUAUUAGAGCAGAAGCUGUCUCACAUUUCCUCAUGUCCUGUUAUAUACUUUUCCUUGAGAUCUUUGGCUUUAGAUGCUCCUUACUUUCUCUGUUGAAAACAUAACCAGCAGUGCCAAAAUACACAUUAUCAUUACAGGUAAUGCACAAAGCUUUCAGCUGCUCACACAGCAACAAUACAGUAUGGUAGGAGAUUCUCUGUUAAAUACCUCACACCAAUCUCCUCCAUUCUAUGCAUCUUGACUGAGGUCAUCUUUAUGCAAUUAAAUCCUAUUUUUAUUUUGGUAAUUGGUUUAGUCAGAAACCAGACCUGGAAUUGAGAUAAUAAAUGUAUGGGUUAGAAACAUGAAGCAUCUCAAAAGUGAUACGAUUGAAGCAAACCUCACAGUUGUUAGAGAAGACACUGGGCAGUCUCUUCGAGUCCAAGAUGCUAAUUUUGCUCAGCCAGCCUCAUGGAGUGAAUGGAACUGUAGGAGAGCAUCAUAACCGAAAAAUAAGAGUUUUGGACUUGGACUAGUCAUAAAAAUAGUACUGGAUAUGAACUGAAGCACUAAGGGGAUAAAGAAGUACACCAUAUACUGUAUACAAAAGUAUGCGGAUACCCCUUAAAAUUAGUGGAUUCGGCUAUUUCAGCCACACCCAUCGCUGAUAGGUGUAUAAAAUCGAGCACAUAGCCAAUCAAUCACCAUAGACAAACAUUGGCAGUAGAAUGGCCUUAUUGAAGAGCUCAGUGACUUUCAACGUGGCACCGUCAUAGGAUGACACUUUUCCAACAAGUCAGUACAUCCAAUUUCUGCCCAGCUAGAGCUGCCCCGGUCGACUGUAAGUGCUGUGUGAAGUGGAAACGUCUAGGAUCAACAAUGGCUCAGCCGCAAAGUGGUAGUCCACACAAGCGCACAGAACGAGACCCUUGAGUGCUGAAGAGCAUAGCGUGUAAAAAUCGUCUGUCCUCCUUUGCAACACACAGUACCGAGUUCCAAACUGCCUCUGGAAGCAACAUCAGGACAAGAACUGCUCGUCGGGACCUUCAUGAAAUGGGUAUCCAUGGCCAAGCAGCCGCACGCACACGUGCCUAAGAUCACCAUGCACAAUGCCAAGCGUCAGCUGGAGUGGUGUAAAGCUCGCCGCCAUUGGACUCUGAAGCAGUGGAAACGCGUUCUCUGGAGUGAUGAAUCACGCUUCGCCAUCUGGCAGUCCGACGGACGAUUCUGGGUUUGGUCAAUGGCAGGAGAAUGCUACCUGCCCUAAUGUAUAGUGCCAAAUGUAAAGUUUGGUGGAGAAGGAAUAAUGGUCUGGUGCUGUUUUUCAUGGUUUGGGCUAGGCCCCUUAGUUCCAGUGAAGGGAAAUCUUAACACUAUAGCAUACAAUGACAUUCUAGAUGAUUCUGUGCUUCCAACUUUGCAGCAGUUUGGGGAAGGCCCUUUCCUGUUUCAGCAUGACAAUGCCCCUAUGCACAAAGCAAGGUCCAUACAGAAAUGGUCUGUCGGAUCUAAGGCACGAGGCGUCACUUCAGAACCAGGUUCAACUACAUUUUGUCAACUGCAAUAGUAAUAACUUGAAAAUGACAAUAUUUCAUUGUGUUACUAAUUCUUUGAACUCGUGUGUUCUAUCCUAGACUGUUCUUAUCGAACAUCACUACAAAACCCACACCCAUAGCCUCGAACUCUUCCAUUUUGUUUGACGUUCUUCCUCAAUCCACAUGGAUUAACAACACUCUAUAUCCAUGCCAACUUGAUUGUACUGAAGGAUCCUCCACUUUCUUCUUUGCUUGUCUAUUUGCCAAACAAAGAAUCAUCAUUAGUUGACAUUUGCCAUAUAAAUGUGCUGUACCCAAAUAGGAUUAAGUUCCUCUAUUGAUCAGAAAUGUACUCACAGUGACUGAACCCCUCUUAUCUUAGCCUGGCCCAGAUCUGUUUAUUCUGUCUUGCCAACUCUUAUGGUCAUUGUCACAUCUGAUGUGAGACCAGGCUAUCUAAUCAUCUCUCAUUUAUUAGGUUAUUCCUGGUUGUCAGUCUUGGUUCUGAAUUCUGGGUUAAUCUGUCAAUGUACAAAGUCUUUUCCAAUGCUGCUGAUUUGUUAAUGUUAUUACAAUAAUGCACUGUACACAAAGCAAUAACUGCCUAAGUGUCCGAAGAAAGGCAUUUGAAAACCAUAAUGUCAAACCAUUGGGUUGUAGAGACAACGAUGAGAAACGAGAUCAGAGAAGUUGAUGUCAAUAUCAGACAGACCCAUUGGAAAUGCAUAGUCAAUUAUUUUGACAUUUCAACAGUAAAUACACGGUACUAGAGGUCAUUAAAUGGGUGACUGACGACAGGAAAGCACUGAAAGUAUCGACAUGUGAAGAGUCAUUUGACGGCUUCACCAGUAUUAAAAGUGGACAAAGAACAGACGCUAUAGCAUACACUGUCACGCAAUAUGUAUUUUGUUUUAUUUAUAUCUA